AUGAUGGCUCUCUCUGCACGAUUCUCAACAAGCUCACAUGUCUCUGGCACAGACCCGAGGGAGAGGGGGCGGGGCUAUGCAAAGGAAUGUGAAAGGUUGCUGGAUUGGAAUGAUGUCUCAUUGACCACCAUCCAAGCCUGCGUUUUGCUCGGCGCCAUCGCCAUAACGAAUGGGAACCCUGCGUCGGAGAGUAUACACUAUGCCGUUGCAUGUCGAAUAGCCCAGCUCCUCGAUCUUCCCAAUUGCCCGGUGACCAGUCGCGUGGAUCAAGAAGUCAAUAUUCGCAUGUGGUGGUCUCUUAACAUGAUUGACGUGUGGUCUUCAUCCGGUGUUCGGCUCCCAAGGCUAUUGACACCAAAGGAAGAUGUGCCUCCGCCGAUGGAUGAGAUUGCCUUCUUAGGAUUGACCCGCAGUCAAGGAUUCGACGUUACUAUCGAAAAGAAGCAACAGUCAUCACUUCUCGCCGAGAUGGUCCGCCUGAACCGUAUCUUAUUACAGAUCAACGACUUAAAUAUCCGGGCCUCCGAACGGGAAUUAGAUGCCGAGACCAUCUUAAGCAACGUCGAAAAUCUUUCAAAGCAACUCGACAUGUGGCUGGAGGAGCUUCCAGAUCAUAUACGAGAUACGCGUAGAAACAUGGAGCGAUACGCUGCCCAAGGCCUUGGGCGGGUUUUCGUAGCCAUCUACCUUGGAUACUAUCACUACGGCCAGAUGUUGUUCUACAGAUUCUUGCACGAAGACUCACAAAGGCUCACUACACACGCACGACACUACGCAGAGAAAUGCAAGCAACAUGCUGGCAGUUUAUGCGAUAUAGUCUACGCUUCUGAUGAGGUACCCGGCUGCGAUGUCAAGUAUAACAUGGUCGGGCAUGUACUCGUCAUUGCUUCCACGGUACAGAUCCAUAGUCUGCUCUUCGAAGCCGACGAUUCAAACGUCACAAAAGCGAAGACGCGGUUGGAAAAGAACUUCUGUUUCCUUACUCGUCUGAGAGACCUUUGGCCGACGCUGGACUUUUGCAUGGAUCGUUUGAUGGCCUUCCACGAGGCGUGUAGGAAUUCUGCAGAUACGAGCUUCCGGAUGGAUCGAUGGAUGGUGCGGUUUUUGGUUGAGUUUGCCAGUCCUGUGAGUGACAAGACAUCAAACUCGAACGUGGACAAUCCAUGGUCUCUUGCGGGUCUGGGGAUCACUCCCCCUGAGAUGGAGGCUAUUUGA